AUGGACGAAGCGCUGAGGCGCCUCAACGGCAUGUCCCCCCUUCCCGAACCACCUUCCAACAAACCCACCAAGCGGACCCUGCGAGACACCAGCACUUCGCCCGCUGCCGGAGCCAUCAGGUACCGUGGCGUCAGGCGGAGGCCAUGGGGCCGUUACGCCGCCGAGAUAAGGGAUCCUCAGUCCAAGGAGCGCCGUUGGCUGGGGACUUUCGACACCGCAGAGGAAGCCGCCUGCGCCUACGACUGCGCUGCCAGAGCCAUGCGUGGCCUUAAGGCCAGGACCAACUUUGUGUACCAUACUUCACCUCCUCACUCUUCUUCCAUCACCGUCACUAACAACCAUAACAAUCUCCUUAACCUCCAUAACCACCUCUUCACUCAUAACCAGUUCAGCUUCCUUAAUCAUCAUAACCAACUCUUCAACGGCCAUAACCGCCACUUCGGGGGUUGUUGGUCUGACCCUUCUUCUUCAACCUUCCAACAACAGCGAAACCUUCACUCCAUCGACAUGCUUCUCCAGGACUUUAUAGCCUCUUCUUCCCCCGACUAUUUAUGCGACACCAAGGGCAGUUUUGUCAAUUCACAUCCUGUAAAUGUUGCUAAUAACUACAGCGCACCUUCUGAUCAUGGUGGUGGCGAAGAAGACUCAAAGGAGCAAUUGUAUGAAGGUUCAGAGUCGUCAGGCUUGUUGGAAGAAAUAGUUAAUGGUUUCUUGAAGAAAAAGCCAAAGCUCAACAAAUGCGAGAGAUCGUUAGGUACCAGUACCACUGCUACAGACGGUUCAUGCCACUUGUCACUUCUUCCGCCUCCUCUUCCUCUGGUUGUUUCCGGCGAGUCGAAGAGAGACGAUGGUUUCGGCGUGCAUUUGGAUCAGCAGGGUUUACAUUACAUGCAGCAGAUCAGUGGUGGUUUCAAUAAUGAUUUUAGCAAUAUGGUUAUGCAGCCUAACAUGCCUCUUCAAGAGAAUGACAACCAAAUGAAGAUGAUGAUGUUGAAUAAUGAUAAUAAUCAUGCAGAAGUAGAUUGCUCUAUCAUAGACAACAUUUUUCAGGAUGCAUAA